AUGGCCGACCAGCGUCCGCAGUACUAUAACAACACCCUGUCUCGAGUGGACAUCAAUGCAACCACGUUGGCUGACUGUCUCAAACAAUUCCGUGAGGCAGUCCGCAAAGGUUCGGCAUUGAUCCAUGAGAACAGCCCGGUGCCGGACAAGUGGAAUACGGCGGGUUUCUUCAAGGGAUUUCCGGGUAAGGGACUGAUUGACCAACCUGAACCACCCGAUAAGUCUGACGGCCCAUUUGCAGGAGUUGCUCUUGGGUUUCUCCGUCUCAAUUUCCAGUCUCCCAUUUUGGCGGAUGAGAAUGGCCCUUCUCCGGAUUAUCGUCAAUGGGCCUUGCAGAGGAUACCGUCGGGUCUAUCAGAGACACCUCUAAUCCCGUCUCGACUAUCUCCCAUCGGCUCUUUGUCUCCCCUGACGGCCGUCGUUCUGCAUAUCUUAGCAGGUCUGAGCGACAAGACCAAGGACAAACCAGCCAUUUCCUCCCAGGAUUGCGCCGUCCUCGAGGAAGUUGUCAAUUUGGCCCUCCAAAACGGACCCCUCGUCCCGCACGGUGACCGAAAGAUGGGCGCUGAUGAAAUGCUCUAUGGCCGAGCAGGUAUUCUUUGGACUCUGCUAAACAUCAGAGUCCAUAACUUCGAUGAAAAGACCGAGAAGGCUCUUGCCCCUAUCUUGAACCAGAUCCCCAAGCUGAUCCAUCUGAUCAUCGAUGCCGGGCGGCAGGGCGCGAAGAAUUAUAUUGAAAAGCACGGUGAGGCGGAUGCCCAUCCGUUGAUGUAUGUCUGGCUUGAAGGGUUCUAUGGGUUUGGAGCCGUCCAUGGAAUGACCGGCAUCCUGGCCAUUCUGCUUGCAUGCAAGCCCGAGGAAUUAAAGCCUUACCUAUCUGACCUUGGAAGGACCGUCACCACUAUCUGCAAGCUCUGUAUCGCGAACAACGGCCACCUCCCCAUCCCUGGCAUGCUGGCCCUCAUGGUCGCCGCCCUGAAGAAUAGGCCAUUGGCUGAGGCUUUCUGGCAGCCUGAAUGGGACCAGGCCAUUUACGCGGUUACAGAACGCACCUGGGAGGAGGGGUUAUUGUCCAAGGGAGGCAGUCUGUGCCACGGGAUUGCUGGCAACGCCUACCCAUGGCUGUUGCUCCAUGACUGCUAUGAAGGUUCGGAGUACAUUGAUAACCCUCGACAAGCGUACCUACAGCGCGAGAAGACAGCGAGUCUCCCGGAUGUAUGUCGGACACUCACGGGGGACUUUUUCCUCUCCCGGGCGCUGGCUUUCUUGCUGCAUGCGCGCGACACCAGGCCGUACAAUACUGCGCCAGCACCAUCCGACCGAGAUUAUCGUCGGCCUGAUGAUCCGUGGUCGCUGUUUGAGGGACUUCCCGGAACGGUGUGCGCGUGGGCCGAUGCCUGUGCUGUAGUUCAGGCAAGACUGCGCCAGAUGGAACUCGGUACUGCGGUAUAUACAGAUGCUGCAUUCCGGGAGGCCAGGCGUAGUCAACUCGGAUUCCCGGGGUUGGGUGGAAAUGGCGUCAAAGGUGUAUUUUAA